AUGACGAAGUUACCACUACUGUAUUUCAUUCUACAAGUGCCGUUCUUGGCAUGUGUCGACAUAUGUCAUUAUUGCCGCUGUGAUCGAUAUUCUAGUACUGUCAGUUGUACGGGAUAUAACAUUUUGUUACGAUCGGUAAUUGCACCGCACUGGGCCAAGAUUCUCUAUUUCCACCAUAUGUCUAUGCGACAUUUGCCUCAUUUUGCUCAUAAUGAAAAUAUCAAAAUUCUUCGGAUUAAUUUCUGUGGUUUGACACAUAUUCAUUCGCUGUCGCUUACCUCACUGCCAAAUCUGGAAACUCUGCACCUUUCUGAUAAUCGGUUAACGGAUUUACCUUCGGAAUGUUUCUUUGAACUUACCAAGUUGCGGAUCAUAAAUCUGGCAAGAAAUCUGAUUCGUAACCUAGAUCUAAUCAGUGAAAUGCUUCCAAGAAGUCAUAUUCUGGAGCAAUUUAGUAUAGAUGGUAAUCCAAUACAAAUUAGUUCUGUUAGUACUCAGUUUCCUUUAGCUCGACAGUUGCAUCUUUCGGAUACAAAUAUGGAAACAAUUAACGAUUCUACCAUAACUUUUCUGCCCAGUAUCGGAUGCAAUGUAUCAGAGACACUUUGUCGCAGUAUGCACAUUUCGAACCAGCAAUGGUUCAUUCUGCGUUCGUUAGAUUUAUCAUCUCAGGAAGAGCUUUCAAUUCACCCAUCGCUCCUUCCAGUUAUCAGUAAUGUUAGCGUGCUAAAUCUCAGCACAACCAAACUUCCUGACUCUUUUCCUGAUUGGCUUCAGAUUUCUAGUCGUGUCCGACAUCUAAGUAUACCAUUUACCGUCCUUCCAAAUGCAAAUUAUUCUUGGGAAUGGUGUAGUCAGUAUCUGGAAUGGCUUGACAUAUCUCACCUUAAUUUACGCACUCUUAUUAUUCCAAGACAUUGCAAGAUUCGUUAUUUAAAAGCGAACGAUAAUCAUUUGGAUAAGGUUUUCAUUCGUGCUAAUUCGUUGGAAACCUUAUUUUUAGAACGGAACAAUUUGUCUUCUUGGAUUGUACCUCCACCUGGUACUACCUUUACUCAUAUGUUGACACUUUCCUUGUCCUUCAAUAGAAUACCUUAUUUACCCAAAAAUGCUUUGGCUUAUUAUCCACAACUUCAGCACCUCGAUAUUUCUCAAAAUGUUUUGGCAAACUUGUCUACUCAAUCAUUUCCAAUAAUUGGAAUGCAAAUUCGCUCCAUCAACAUGUCCCACAACAAACUCUCUCGAUUCGUGCACCCGAUAUUACCGUCACUACUUCUUCUUGACCUCUCUAAUAAUGCUCUUGAAGGUUUAGACUCUUAUUUGUUAGCAGGACUUCCUCUCCUCCAACAUUUCUAUCUAAAAUCAAAUGUUGGUUUAUUUUCGAAGUGUAGUGGAAUAUCUCAGUGCUGGAUAAUGUCCCUAAAUCAGCUUGGAAAUCUUAUCGAUUUAGACAUUUCAGAUUGUAAUCUAGAAUGGCAGCCAGAUCUUUCUAGUUUUCAAGCAAUGCGUAAACUUGAUUUAUCUAGAAAUCGAUUAUCAUCUCUAGACGGAGCCUUAUUACCUCGUAAUCUAUACUUCUUGGAUGUAAGUGAAAAUCUUAUCCAUUAUUUAUUCAAUGAUACCUGUAUGAAGAACAGUGAACUUCGUGAAAUGGAUAUAUCACGAAAUCCACUUAUUUGUCAUUGCACAUUGUUGCAAAUCAUCCAGUGGAUCCCAAAUGACACAUAUUCCACCUCAACUAAUGAUUAUUUAUAUUACUGCUUUUCCGGGAGUUGGCAAUAUCCUCUGCGAAACUAUUUAGAUAGUGCAACUGCAUGUCUUUCGACUAGAUCUGUUUGGUUCUCAGCAUUAUUUACAAUAAUUUGCUGUAUCCUUGCUAUCACCAUCAUCCUUGCAGUUUUCAUCUUCGUUGCAAACAGCAACAGAAUGUCACAUUGUGGUGAAUGCUUAUUAUUUGCUUAUAAACCACUCCGUACAAGUGAUACAUCAUUUGCCGUUCAGAUUUGA